AUGGAUUCCGAGUUGGAGUACAUAUACGAGCAGUUUGUUGAGUCGUCUGAUGGCUCGUCGAAUGAGGAGUACUCCGAUGAGACGGCGAUGAUGCAGGCGGUCCUUGAAGACGCGGAGCGUGUUCUCAAUUUCAAGGCCUUGAUCAAGGGUCAUCGAGUGCUCAACCACAACAGGGCUCGCGGCCAUUUGACACUGAUGGCUGACUACUUUGCCCUUGAUGCACUCUUUGCUGACCAUUUGCGCUGGCGUAAUCGAAUGCGCAAGACUGUCUUCGGUCGUUUGUACCAGGGCGUCCGAUCCUAUGAUGACUACUUCAUCCUGAAGAAGGACGUCAUGGGAACGAUUGGGUUCUCUGGUUACCAGAAGUGCACGGCCGCACUCCAGAUGCUUGCAUAUGGCACAGUCGCUGAUUCGUGGGACGAGUACCUACGGAUGUCUGAGAGCAUAUGCGGAGAUGCCAUGGUUAGGUUUGCAACUGCCGUGGUCGAGGUGUUCGGACCUCAGUACUUAAGAGAACCAACUGUGCCAGACACCGAGAGGCUCUUGGCAAUCUCAGAAGCAAGAGGGUGGUCAGGUUUACUUUGA